AUGGUCGUUGCUCCGCCCACUUUUGCCUCUGGCCCCGCCCACCACUGGCAUGUGGACCCUGAAAGCUUGCUCAGAAGCAGUAGUUGCCCUCAGACUGGAAAAAGGUUCCCCACCCCUGACUUACACAAGGCACUGAUGAUGGGUUUUCACUCAGAUGACGUUGCACGUUGUUCAGGGCGGCCUGAGGCAUUUUGGCACCUGAGACGAAACACCUCGCUGCUGCCGCCCCCGUCCCUGGGCACAGAGUCCCUGAGGAGUCUCCCCACACCAGGCAGUUCGGCUCCUGCUCAAACCUACGUUAUCUGUCUUGCUACGCAAUGCGACGGAAAUGAAUGUAACCCAUUGAUUGCAUAA